AUGUUGACAAAGCAUUUGCCUUCAAAUAAAAUUCUUGACAUUCGUCUUGAGGAGGAGAAGUUUUACUUUCCUGGUGAAACAAUAAAAGAAAAAGAAACAACAACCUUGUUUCGCAAUUCUGUCGAGUUACCAAUAUACCCUGAGGCCAAUAACAGCUCUACCACCGCGCAUUCUGAUAAGAAAUCAGUGACAACCUUAGAAGCAAAAGAGCACAGCUUUCCUUUUCAAUUCACUGUUCCAAAAAAUCUCAAUUUACCAAGCUCUAUGGAGUUUGGUAAAAAGACUCAUAUACGCUAUAUGAUAAAUGCCUUGUUGGAUCGACCUAUGAUACCAGAAUCUCUAUGUCCUAGGAUGGAAUACUAUGUUCACUUGCUGGAAUUUAUUGAUAUUGAACAAGCACAAUUCAAAAUAUCACAGGAAAGAUGUCAGGAUAUGAUGUUACCCAAGGCAAAGUAUAAUGAGAAAUGUAUGGUGAGAGCAUCUAUACCACGAUUAGGUUUUACAAGAGGUGACAUAAUACCUGUUAAGGUCUUGGUCGAUCACUUUACAUCAUGUCAUCGCAAGAACAGCAUUUUAGUGGAUCUUGUCCGAACAGUCGAAAUUAGGACCAGUAAACAUACAGUCUUUAAAGAAAGCAUUCUGAGAACGACUUGCUAUGAUUUAAACAUAAAAGAAAAUGAAGGAAAGCAGCAGCUUAUUUUAUGUCAGUUAUUGAUACCAACCUCUACACCACCGUCUAUCCGAUAUAAGGAUAAAGUGGUGCGAUUUCUUUACAAAGUGAGAGUAACAGUUUCAUUUACAAGUAAUAAGAAUACAAGCUGUGUCCUGGAUCUACCCUUCGUCAUUGGAACAUGGCCAAGAGCAGCGAUACCAAUCGAUGAUGAUGAUGACGAAGCCGACGAGGAAGAAGGAAACGAGGAUGAUACACAGCAUUCUCUCAAAAAGCAGCAGCACCGUAACUCAGUCAUGUCUUCGUAUACAGCAGACGACGCUUAUAAUUUUGUAAAUAGAUCAGACUCUGUCAAUUCGAAAAAGUCUCACAAUUCUCUUUCUUCCUCAGCGCUACCAACGCCACCACCCAUUCGUAUGGAAAAUGAUGUGCCAACUCAUAUUUUAGAACCUAUUUCGAACCAUCAACAAGAACCAUCACAAUUACAGCAACCAUCUAUUGUUGAAGAAGAGUGCCAUGAUAGUGAUGUAUUAUCUGAAUCAUCCUCUUCACUUGAAGAUUCGGAUGAAGAUGAUGAAGAUGAUUUAUUAGCGAUUAUCGAAAGAAAAAAAAAGAAGGAAAGAAAAGAAUUGAGAAACAAACGAAAAGAGCAGCGUUUAUUACAACAGCAAAAGUCAUAG